AUGCCCCUGAGCGCGGGCAUCCGUGGGCACCCACCCGAGACUCUCGUGCGUGAACAGCAGGUGGCCCCCUUCCCUCGCGUGCCCCGCUGGGGCCAGGGCGAGUUCAGUUAUGCCGGUGAUCUGUGGAAUUACAGUUUGCUCGCAGACUCCUGGACACCAUUGGGCCUCAGCUCGACAAACUACCAACCGGCGGCCCGUUCGGGCCACACGGCUGUUUGGGAUUCAAGCUCCAGAAGUUUGCUCGUUCACGCUGGUUUCGAUGCGUCCUACAAAGGCGACUUUUGGCGGUAUCUUGGCACAGAAGUGCCGCAGGCACUUGUCGUCGAAUGUGUUCUCGGCCAGGCUUGUUCUGUUGAAUACCAGGGCGCCCUCCCAGCGGGAACAGCCUUCAUGGUCUCGGACUCGGACGACUGUUCGACGGACAAGUUUCUUGAUCAAAUAUUUUUGGUGUCUGAGAGCUCUCAACUGGACUUUGUCAGCGACAUGUCGCAAAUGGCUCACGGAGAUGUUAGCAAUGCUUCAUAUAUCAACAUCGAGCCAGGCACAUAUCACCUGUGCUGGUGCAGCAACGUUUCAGAAUCAUGUGCGAAAGCAAAUGACAUUGGCAUCCCAGCUGGGUUCUUGGUGGUACAGGGUCCAUUUUCGGAACAGACCUUCCAAUGCUAUGUGGGAAUGCAGUGCAUUGUAUCCAACUUGCGAGGGGCGAAGCUCGCGCCUGAUGACAUAAUUCUGCCAUUGCAGCUAUGCGGCACCUCGACCAUCGCUUCUCUCUUUCCGGAUGCGCAGCCUAUUCCUGCUGAAUACAACGAUUCCCUCGAGAUCGUCUUCGACAUUGGGAACCUGCCAGCAGAUGCUGUUCCUGAGACGCUCCAGCUUUGUUGGUGCCCGCAAAAAUCCAACUGCAGCGAGUUAGAGGACUUCCGUGCCACGGCAAUGAAGCUGGAUGUGAUGUGCCCUCCGGGCACCUACAAGCUUCUGGGGAGGGUUUCGCACUGUUGCCAGUGUCCUCCAGGCUACUACUGUCCCGGCGGUCAGGCUGCCGAGCUUCGUCCCUGCAUCCAGGGGAGCACUUCCCCACGCCGAUCCAGCUCCCAGGGCGACUGUCAGUGCCGUGCGGGCCAUGCCUUGGAUACCUUUACGAACACUUGCCUGCCAUGUCUCAUAGGAUCGUACAAGGACUCGGUUGGUGGAAUGUCUUGUCAGAGUUGUCCUGAGAACACGACGACAGCAAGUGUCGGUGCCAUUGGUGUUCAUGAGUGCUAUUGUGCAAACAGUCGCUUCAAUGUGAACAAGUCCCAAGGCAUCUUCACAUGCACAGACCAAACAAGUCUCCCAGCGUUAAGUGCAGAAGAUUGCAUACGGUAUGCUCACACUGAAGUCGAAGUUCAUGUUUUUUCUGGCUCACUUGGUGGAGUGGCCAGCACUGCUCUGGAGGAGCUUCGUAGCGCUCUCACGUCCUACCUUGGACUCAAGCUGCUACCUAGUUUGCGAACAUCCUUGACCCUCAACUUUGUCAGCAACAGGAUCGACUUUUCGGUGACAAGCUCCGAGGCAGAGCUAGCCAUCGAGCUGCAUGCAAAGUUUGACCAGAUGCCCUUCUCUGCUUGGAUCUAUUCGGAGCAGCAAGAUGCGGCAUGGGCGCUGGCAAACGUGCAUCAUCAGGGAGUAGUGCAAGAGGAGCUGCUGGUGUGCCCGGAUGGCCUGGCCUUCCCAAACGGCCCCAUUGCAGGCCUCGCAGAUUGCAAGUGUCCCCAUGGCAUGGAGACCUCAGCCAGCAGCUGCCAGGAGUGCCCUCUGGGCAAGUACAAGGCCUCCGUGGGCAACUCCAGUUGCGCCAGUUGCAGCUUCGGCCUGACGACGCUGCGGCCGGGUGCCGUGUCAUCUGCAGCGUGCACUUGCUCGCCAGGGUACGCUAGCACCGCGCCAGGAGAUCCCGCAAGCUGCGAGAGCUGCGGCAUCGGCUCUUUCUGUCGUGGCGGAGACCACAGAGAAGCUUGCCCGCCGAAUCAGACCACGCUGCUGACCGUUGCCACGGGCGAGGCGGACUGUGUCUGCGCAGCCGGCCACUUGGCUUUGCUGGGCACCUGCAAAGCCUGUGCUCCAGGCACGUUCAAGCCAGAGGCAGGCAAUGCUGCGUGCCAGGCCUGUUCCGCAGGGAAGUGGAGCGGGACAAUGGGGGCGACCUCUCCGGCGACUUGCGCUGAUUGUAUGGAAGGCUCUACCACCGAGAGUGAUGCAGCCGACCAGGAGGGUCUGUGCAUUCGCCCGCAUCCGAAGCAGAUGCUGAACUGCACCGCUGGGCGCAAUUGCUCGGUACAUGUCACUGGUUACCACCUGCGGGAUGGGCAUCGCCUGGCCAUAGUGCCCGGGUCAUCUGGGUCUUCUGGGUCAGAAUGCGGCGGAUCCAUGCAGCCCGUGCCCUACGUGGCGAACGGAGGUGUGUCUCAGCCUGCUGUCGAUGGUGGCCACAUGUAUGUCUGGCAUGCAGGCCGGGCUCGGGAUUUUGCACCGGCGGGAGGAUUCUAUGGCCUUUGCUGGUGCGCCAGCAUGUCGGGUCUCAACUGUGACAGUCUUCAAGACUUCCACAUUUCAGCUGGGCAGUUGCGGGUCGUGGGGCCCUUCGCAGACCACGAGUUCACGUGCGUUCGCGGGCAGGACUGCACCGGGCUGGCGCCCUUCCAGGGCAUCGGCAUGUCCAUGAUGGGAUCAGUGGCAAUGCGCAGCAGUUGCGAAGGCGCGAGUUUGCAGAUUUCCAAGGUCAAUGUGCGCGGGCUCGGUGGCCUUGUGAACAGAAUUGGCGAAUUGGGACUGGACUUUGGCACCUCUGACGAGUUGGACUACCGCCUCUCCAUCGAUGCAGAAGACCGUGGCUACUCGUUGUGCUGGUGUGCAGGCCAUGACAGCGUCGUCUUGAUACUGAAGAUGGCAGUGGCUGUCAAGAGGCUGACCAUGUUGUCGCCGCCGGGCAUGUACGAGUGCUUGGGCCACAAGCUGGACAAGCGGCCGAAUGCUUCCAGGGCCAAGUUUGCCAACUUCAGCGUGGAACUUGCGGCCGGCGACCGCCUCACCUCCUUAUCAGAGUGUGGCCCUUACAUGGAAAACCUGCUGUACGUCAGUAAUGGGCACUGGCCUUCUGCGCCUGCUUUCCAAGAGGAUUUCAGUCACUGGGCAAAGUGUGAGCAAGGCCCAUUCUUGCUUGGCUUCCCUGCGCCAUAUGCCGAAACGCAGGACGGCGCGAGCUUUACUUUUCAAAGUCGUGACGGCCAAGCGCCCGUCUUCGCAGAGUUCCCUGGUGUGUAUUUCAUGUGCUGGUGCCGGCCCGCUCCAAGCGACAGUUCUUCCUGUGCCGUUGCGAGGGACUUCCGAGUGAAUGUUGGCUUGCUCCGUGUAAGCGGGCCCAUUCUGAGGCAGUCCUACCAGUGUGACUUGGGGUCUCAUUGCAUAGUGUCCGGACUGCAGGGGGCUAAGCUUGCAGAAGGCGACAAGUUGCUACCCAUGAACGAAUGCGGCACAGCACGGCAGGCUGCUCUUUUCAAAGAUCCAGAGCCAAUUCUUGGUGUCUACAGAUCGUCUGAUGAGAUUUACUUUGAUUUCGGGGUCUUGGAGUUGGCUGAGUCUGCUCCAGAGAUGCUGGAGCUCUGCUGGUGCCCCUCGAGGUUGAGUUGCAGCAGUCCUGAAGAUUUCCGUGCCGCAGCAGUGAAACUGGAUGUGGUGUGCCCUCCUGGCACUUACGAGCUUCAAGGGAGGUUCAGGCAGUGCCACGAGUGUUUGCCAGGCUACUACUGCCCUGGUGGUCAGGCUGCCGAGCUGCUGGAGUGUGCCCACGGCAGCACUUCGCUGCGCGGAUCCAGCUUCGAACGGGCUUGCGAGUGCCGUCCGGGCUUCGCUUGGGAUACGCAGCUUAAGGUGUGCCUACCGUGUGAGCGCGGGCGCUUCAAAGAGCAGGCUGGCAAUGAUCAGUGCGAAGGGCAGUGCCCGGCAGAGACCACCUCUGAGCCUGGAGCAAUUGACUCGUCAGAAUGCUUCUGCACAGAUGGCAUUGACAUCAAUCCGUCCCCAGACUUCAACUGCAAAGACUUGGCAGAUUUGUCGGAUGUAUUUGCCGAUUCCUUCACCUCCUCCGAGGCCACGGUCUACAUAGUUCGAGGAACGAUCCAAGCAGACCUCCAGCCAGAGGGCCUUCGUAGAGAACUGGAAGCCUACCUGCGUUUGCAGGAUUUUCCUCGUGUGCAGCUCUCUAUUCAGCACGCGGUGGAUUCCGACUACCCAGAGGGCUCAGACUAUCUGGAGGACCCAGGCGAGUCACAGAACAGCUCUAUUGCAUACACAUUGUGGAGCUCCGAACCAGGAAGUGCUUACGAGAUGAAGGCCAGGCUCGAUCCCGCUCCAUUCUCAGCGUGGGCUGAGUCCUUGACAGGUGUCAUCUCGACCAUUACCGGCACUUCCGUCCACCCAGAAGUUGUGAGAUGUCCCGACGGCUGGGGUCUUCCAACUGCUCAGACCCAUGUAUUCGAGUGCGUGUGCCUUCCAGGUAGGAUGCUUAGCCCUGUUGAUGGAGCGAAUAAGCACUGUGUCGAGUGUCCAACUGGAAAGUACAAGGCCUCCGUGGGCAAUUCCAGCUGCGCCAGUUGCAGCUUCGGCCUGACGACGCUGCGGCCGGGUGCCGUGUCAUCUGCAGCGUGCACUUGCUCGCCAGGGUACGCUAGCACCGCGCCAGGAGAUCCCGCAAGCUGCGAGAGCUGCGGCAUCGGCUCUUUCUGUCGUGGCGGAGACCACAGAGAAGCUUGCCCGCCGAAUCAGACCACGCUGCUGACCGUUGCCACGGGCGAGGCAGACUGUGUCUGCGCAGCCGGCCACUUGGCUUUGCUGGGCACCUGCAAAGCCUGUGCUCCAGGCACGUUCAAGCCAGAGGCAGGCAAUGCUGCGUGCCAGGCCUGUUCCGCAGGGAAGUGGAGCGGGACAAUGGGGGCGACCUCUCCGGCGACUUGCGCUGAUUGUAUGGAAGGCUCUACCACCGAGAGUGAUGCAGCCGACCAGGAGGGUCUGUGCAUUCGCCCGCAUCCGAAGCAGAUGCUGAACUGCACCGCUGGGCGCAAUUGCUCGGUACAUGUCACUGGUUACCACCUGCGGGAUGGGCAUCGCCUGGCCAUAGUGCCCGGGUCAUCUGGGUCUUCUGGGUCAGAAUGCGGCGGAUCCAUGCAGCCCGUGCCCUACGUGGCGAACGAAGGUGUGUCUCAGCCUGCUGUCGAUGGUGGCCACAUGUAUGUCUGGCAUGCAGGCCGGGCUCGGGAUUUUGCACCGGCGGGAGGAUUCUAUGGCCUUUGCUGGUGCGCCAGCAUGUCGGGUCUCAACUGUGACAGUCUUCAAGACUUCCACAUUUCAGCUGGGCAGUUGCGGGUCGUGGGGCCCUUCGCAGACCACGAGUUCACGUGCGUUCGCGGGCAGGACUGCACCGGGCUGGCGCCCUUCCAGGGCAUUGGCUCCCUCGUUGGGCACGUCUCACUUCGGAUUGCUUCCUGUGGCACAAACUCAUCGAAUCUUGUGCUCUCCGCAGCGAACAGGAACUCCAACGGCAUUGUUGAGCACGACAUGGCUGGUGAGAACUUUUCGCUGAGCUUCGGUGUGUCCGACCAGAUCGACUAUAGCCUGUCCAUUGAUGCCAGCGAUGGUGGAUAUCUUCUUUGCUGGUGUGCCGGUGAAGAACCCUGUGACGCUGAGAACUUUGCCGUAGCCGUCGGCCGUUUGCGAGUAGAAGGCCCGCGGACAAACCAGGAGGUGGCUUGCUCCGUCGGGCAGCCUUGUGCACCCACUGGCCUGGUAUCGGUUCGCGCGCAAGCCCAUGACCGAAUAAUGGUUCUCGCUGCUUGCGGUGAGGGCUCUGCAAUGCCAGGUUUUUCCGGCGAAGGAAUCGCCGAGUACAGCGAUGGUGAUUUCCAGUUUCUUGAAAGCACUUCGGUGAUCCAGUCAUCAGCCGGGAUCGUCCGGCUUUGCUUCUGCCGGCCCCGCAUUCCCGAAAGCUGCCUGGCGCCAGCAGAUUUCAAGGCCGCUGUAGGUUUUAUGACCGUCCGCGGUCCCUUCGAACAGGCAGCCCAGUGCACAGUGGGCAGCCAUUGUGCCAUCAACCUAACCGGCAUCGGUUUGAACGCCAACAGUUCCUUAGUCCUCACCAACGGCAACUGCGUUGGCGUCCAGAGCAGCGGCCUCCAGAACCUCACGUUUCUGCAGCAGCCCCUGGGCAUUCACGUGGCGUCCGGCUUCUUGCACAUCGCAUUGGGCGAGAUCCCUUCGCAGGCAGCACCUGGAAAGUAUGCAUUAUGUUGGUGCCCCAGCUCGAGCUGCAGCCUCUCAGCCUUCCGUGCACCGGCUGGGUCCUUGCAGGUGAACUGCCCCAGGGGUUUUUAUUUACGGGCUUCGAGAUGCAGGCCUUGUGGCCGUGGCUUCUACUGCCCCGGAGGUACUGCCACAACAGCCGAUCGGUUCCCCUGCGCAGUCGGCCAAACGACCUGGGAUUUGAAGGGAUCCUCGGACACGGAUUGCAUUUGUGCCCCAGGCUACUUUCAGGAUGUCGAUUGCAAACCCUGCAAGAAAGGAUCCUACAAGCCCAGGCCGGGAGAUGACUUAGACUGCACGCCAUGCCCUCCAGACCUGACGACAUUCAAGUCUGGAGCCGCAUCCAACUUGUCAUGCUAUCUGGAGACUUCCGUUGAUGCGGAAGCUGAUGAGGAUCCAGAGGCCAACACAUCCACGAUUCCAGCUCUGGCCUUCAGCCUCUCUUUCGAACUGCCUCUGAGUAAAAUCGAAGAAAGCGCAAAGGAGCAGCUGCGUGAUGCAUUGCAGCGCAGCAUCUCCCAAUUGGUUCGGCUGGAUGCCGCUGCAGUUCGCAUAGACUUUCCACAUGCCUUCCCGGGCCGGCGCUUGGCUGAGUUGCUCAAGGCAGUCAUUAUCAUGAAGUUGCCAACGCAGGACGAUGCGGAGAGUUUGCAGGACUCACUGGACUGGAGUUCCUUGCCUGGUGAAGUCAACAGCACUCUGCAGCAGAACGACAAUCUACGUCGCUUUGCGGCGUCGAUGUCUGAUGAAGAAAUUAUUGCAACCACGACAUGGGAUACUGUCCAUUGCCCGCUGCAUGCAGCCAUCCCAACCGGCGUCGUCGUGAUGCAGCCGGAGGACUGCGAAUGCAGGAAAGGCUAUGGGUUCGAAGAUGGUGCCUGCAAGGUCUGUUCUGUCGGGAGGUACAAGCCCAGGCGGGAGAAUGUUGUUUGUACUCGGUGCACAGGCCUGAAGUUAACUUUGAUAGAGGGUGCCACGCAAGAGGAGGAGUGCACAUGUCCAGCUGGAACGUAUGGUAGUCGAGGUCAGCAUGGCGAGGAGUGCUUGGACUGCCCAGCAGGCUCUUACUGCGAUGGCUCGGGACAGAAGCAGGAGUGUCCAAGUAAUUCCACAACAGGAUCUGUUCGCAGCUCUUCCAUUGCUGACUGCGAAUGCCGGCCGGGGCACCAGCCCUCAGAACACGGCCCUUCCGGGCCCUGUCACCCGUGUGAGGCGGGCCGGUACAAGGAUGGUGUGCGCAACGCAAAUUGUUUUUUGACCUGCCCGCCCAAUGCAAACAGCACUCCAGCAUCCACUGACCGGAGUCAGUGUUUUUGCAACGAAGGAUACCACGCCUACCUACAAGCAGGGCAGCUGGACAGCUGCGCGCGUUGCGACUAUGACGGGCUGAUCUGCCCGGGUGGCGUGAACGUCAGUGGUCACCACUUGCAGCCCCGAGCCCGCAAAGGCUGGUUUCAGACCGGGCAGACCGUGGCGGUGCAGUGCCUUGUCAUGGACGCUGAGGGUGUCAGUGUGUGUCUCGGCGGGAAUAUCACCGAAAAUAUCUGCGCUGCGGGCGCUCAAGGAUGGCUCUGUGGCGAAUGCCCUGCAGAGUGGGCCCGGGGCGGGUACCUCGAUGUCUGCGAGCCCUGCAACGCUGGGGGUGCUGGCAGUUUUGCCCUGGCUGCUCUUAUGGACAUUGCUCGCAUCGCGGCCCUGAACUUUGGCAUGGCGGUCAUUAGUGCUCCGGGUGCCACAAAAAUGCGCCCGCUCCACCCAGCCAUAAUUCGUAUCGUCCAGCGCUGGAUGGAUGCCUGCUCUGUCCUGCUGAGCUUCAACCUCACUCGCUUGACGCCCUUCCCGUGGUCCAGCUCCAACGGGGAGUGUGAGGAGUGCCAAAAGCCGGAUUCCAAGCUGGCCUGGCCCCAAGUGGCCACCGCGGCCAUGGAUUCUGUCUUUCAGGUGCUCUCGCUUCUGCCCAGGUUGAGAGUGGACUUUGCGGCGCAGUGCUACGGUCAAAAGCUUGGGGUCAGGGACGGAGCAACACUUGUGUCGGCCGUGUACUCCCUUUGCCUCCCAGUGUUCGCACUCUUCGCCACAUUUCUGCUUUGCAGCAUGGUGGUCUAUGUUGUCGUGCCCCUUGCCGGGCGGAUGGGCUUUCAAUUCAAGAAGGCCAGCAAGCGCAAGAGCCCCGCCGCAUCCGAGGAGCAUGGGGCCCUCGGAACGCCAGUCGUCGAGGUGCAGGAGGACCUGCAAGCUGCCUUGGAUGGGGCCACGGAGGCUGAGGCCAUGGUUUUUGGACUUUUCACUUCAACUCCCUCUUUGCGAAAACAUGUUGGGGAAGCCGUUCCGGUGGUGUGGUUGACUCAAAUGGCUUUGUGGCCCGAGCUGCUGGAGAGAUUCCUUCACAUGAUUCGCUGUUCGCCCGUGAUGGAAGACAGGGAUGGGAAAACGCAGCCUGUUCAACGGCUUCUGCCUCACCCCGAUGUGGUGUGCUGGAGUUCAGAGCACACCAACUUGUUCGUGAUCUCCUUCUUGGGCCUGGCUAUCUGGUGUGUGGGCCUGCCAUUGCUUCUGUAUCUUUGGAUUUGGAAGCAGCCAGACAAACAGGCUCCCGACAGCUAUCGGAAAUAUGGUUAUUUCAUUCAAGGGCUGGAGCCGCGUUGCUGGUAUUGGGAUCUGACCGUGAAGAGAGCUGAUACCGGCUUCAUGUUGCUGGUGGCUUACACCUCCAUCGCGGAUGAUGAGAAGGCUAAGUUGCUGUUGUUCCCUCUCAUCUCAGGCAUCCAGCUUGGCAUCACCACGUGGGUCAAGCCCUACGCCAAUGCUCAGGCUCAGAUCCUCGACACGCUGGAGUUUGCUUUGCUGACCGUGCGUUUCGUGCUGUUCAGCACCGUUUCAGCGCUAAUAAUCUUCUUCCCUUCAUCGGAUAUGGUGUGGAUUUGGGCUCUCUUCCUGUCCAUUUUGGUGGUGGUCGUGGCGGUCUAUUCCGGUCUGCACAUCGUGGUGCAGUUCGUGCGCCAUAUGGCCAACCAGCUCAAAGAGGAGCCGGAGAGCGAGGAGGAGAGCCAGGACCCGACGUCCACAGAUUCCAGCCUUCGGGCUCGGUGCUGGACUUCAUGCUGCUCGUGCCAGCUGAAGCGCUUAAAUGGGAAGCUGAAGCGCCGGGCCGUGAAGCUGAAGCACAGGGCCGUGGAGCUGCUGAAGCCCAUCUUCCAAGCAGAUGACCGAGAGCUUAUCAAAAUCCAGUGGUCCUUUGACAAGGUCAUGAUCGAGCUUCCCGAUACCAGCAGCAAGAAGCUUGGAAGUUGGCUUCGGAGAAUGAUAUUGCGACUUGAUCACUCCACGCAAAAAGAUACGAUCGUCAAUGCCUUCGAGGAAUUCAACAAGCUUUGCCUGUGCCAGGUCAAUUGGAACAAGAUUCCGAACUUGGACAUAUUGUGUGCUCUUGCCGCAUCAAGCCACGCGGUGCCGAGAGUCGGCAACUCGGAGCUCUGCAAAUGGUGGAAGCAGGAACUUAAGAAGAACCUCAGCGACACCGAGCGCACGCUCUGUCCCGAUGACUUCACAUUGGCAGUGCAAAUGUUCGCGUUGCUCCCAUCAAAAGACGGAAAGGAAUUGCUAAAAACUGUCGAGAAGGUUUUAGGUAAGACGGAGGAGGAGGAGGAGGAUGAGGAGCCAGAUUCGGAUGAUAUGCCUGAGGCCUCUCGGACGGAGGAGGCAUCCGACACCCACACUGUCGAUGUCGAGGUUCGGACAAUAUAA